AUGAAUUACAUGGUUGGCAGAGCUAUUUUAACUCCAAAGAACGAUGAAGUUAAAAAAAUCUUUGACCUGAUUAUGAACCAGCUUCCAGGUGAAGUUUAUAUAUAUUACAGUGCAAACUUUGUAGGUUUAGAGGAUAGUAAU